AUGUAUGAUAGGGUGCUUCGUUCUGAACUGACACAAUCCAUUCUAAGCGAGGGGCAUUUUGAGACUUCGAAAGUGUAUCACGGAAAAAAUGCUCAUGUUGAUUCUGAUAUCCGUGUUUCAGAAUCCGCCAUUCUUGAGCAGGAUGAGGUAACCCGCCAAAUUAGAAGGCGAGCGCGUCAAUUCCGAGGUUGGCACGGCAACAAAACUGUUGCAAUUCAACCUCUCAAGGUUCAACGCUAUAGCGUAAAUGGAUACUACUCGGUUCAUUACGAUUGGGAUGGUUACGUCACAGAAGGGAAUCGUGUUGCAACUUUCAUGAUUUAUCUUGUUGACUCGUGCACCGGUGGCGGUACCAACUUUCCAAGGCUUCGUCGCCCAGUUGACAGUCGAUGGUGUAGUAUCAUAGAGUGUGAGGACGAUGAGUAUCCAGGGUUAACAUUUAAGCCAAUUGCAGGCUCAGCGGUAUUCUGGGAGAAUAUGCAUUCUAACGGAAGCUUUCAUAGAGGAGUUCGACAUGCUUCUUUGCCAGUCAAGUCUGGUGAAAAGGUUGGACUGAAUAUCUGGCUCUGGGACCAUGCUUGGAGACCACCUCUCGUUGAAUAG